AACUAAUCAAUUAAUCAACUAAUUGUUGCAGCUCUAUUGUUAACACAUUUCUGAUAUUUGGAGUUUGGCUAAGAUGCUCCGCAAGUGGUUGAACUGUCUUUUAAGUGGGUCUUCUUUGUGAUGAAUUGAAGAGCUAAUUAAAAGUUAAAGAAAUCAAAGCCAAUACACACCAGUUAUUAAUAUAAAUAUUAACUCUAUGUGUAAAUAAAAAUAAAGAUAAAGAAGGAAAAAUGGAGGAAGUGAUGAAGAUAAUGAGGGAAAAGAGGUGACAUCAUUCUCCUAGGUUUCUUGGGAAAAUGUGAGGGUUGGUGUUAGAGGCAGAUAAAUUAACUGUCAGGUACUGAGUUUAACCACUUCUCUUGCCCCCACCUCAUCUGUGCAUCCCUCCUCCGUGAUGGAUGGCACUUGGGGCCCCCCGCUCUGCUUCCCUGACUUCAACUCCUCCUGCAGGCGUCUGCUCCUACCCCAUUUUGAGUCUGCACUCCUCUACACCCUGCUGGCCUUCGUCUCUCUGCUCACUGUCACACUCAACCUUCUCGUCAUCAUCUCCAUCUCCCACUUCCAGCAGCUCCAAACCCCGACUAACACCCUGCUUCUGUCUCUGGCCGUGUCCGACCUGGUGGUGGGGCUGCUGGUGAUGCCUAUUGAAGGCCUGCGCUACAUAGAGAGGUGUUGGAUGCUGGGGAGGCUGAUGUGUGCUCUGACUCCUUAUGUCUCUUACUGUAUGCUCUCUGCCUCUUUGGGCCACAUGGUGCUCAUAUCCAUAGACCGCUAUCUUGCUAUCUGUGACCCACUGCUCUAUUCCUCUAAAGUCACCCUGAACAGAGUUAAAAUUUCAAUCUGUCUGUGUUGGGCUUGUUCUCUUCUGUACAAUGGGUGUAUUCUGAUGGGACAUUUAGGGCGGCCGGACAGGUUCAGCUCCUGCCACGGCGAGUGUGUGGUAGUCAUCAGCCACAUCUCAGGCACACUAGACCUCUUCUUCUCCUUUGUUGGGCCCUGUACUGUCAUGGUUGUGCUGUAUAUGAGGGUGUUUGUAGUUGCUGUUUCUCAGAUGAGAGUCAUUCAGUCACAGACUGCUGCCACUAAGAUGAGAGCGGCUCCGACUGCUAAAAGAUCAGAGAGGAAGGCAGCCAGGACUCUUGGCAUUGUGAUAACUGUGUUUCUCAUGUGCUUCUGCCCGUAUUACUACCCAGCUCUGGUAGGUCAAGACACCUCCACUAGCUUGUCAUACUUUGGUGUGUUGUCCUGGGUCAUGUUGAUGAACUCCUGUGUGAACCCUCUGAUCUACGCUCUGUUCUACCCCUGGUUUAGAAAAGCUAUCAAACUCAUCCUAACACUCAGAAUACUGCAGCCUCACUCUCAGGAGGCCAAGAUCCUGUAGACAGGACUGAAAUCAUCUGUGUUUAGUCAUUUUUCAGUGUUUUGGAAACACAUUCUCACCUCUCUGUGUGCGCGCUCUCUGACGUGUAUGACAAAGAUUAAAGUGACAAUGGAUUUUAUCUUCACAAUUUAGCCAUCCAGAUCCAGAUUUCAUCUCUACACUCUCAGUGUAAAAUGUGUUGCUUUUGUCUUUAUCUCACUGUCAUAAGGACCGAAAAAUCAUAGAAAAGCACAAUAGUGAAUCAUUGUUCACUUGUUUCUACAUAUACAGUGUAGUCAGGAAGUAAUUUGGCUGAGCACUGAUGUGCACAAUUACUCACUUUAGGGUAUUAAAUCCAUCAUUUUCCUGCUGCCUUGUUCCAAAAUAAAAAGGCUAUGAUUCCCACAUUGUUUAUUCAUUAUCUAUGAAUACAUUAUUAGUCAGUCAACAGAAUGGUUAUAUGUGAUUACUUAGUUUUGAUUAAUAUGAGUACAGACAUGAUGUACAAAACCAUAGGCAUAUCUAAAAUGUUUUUAAAAUAAUGCAUGAUAAUACAUUUGGAUAUACUAACUUAUAUAAUAGGUUUAUAUAUUCUAAUCAAACAUACUAGACAGUAGGCUUGUUUCUCCUCAGUGGCCUUGCUGACCUUGUUAGUUUCUUUGCUUUCCUACCACUUUAUAUUGAGCAUAAUUUCAAGAUAAAUGCUUUAAAGUGGUUUGCACUUCCACUAUCACUAUUAUUCAUCAUUUAAUUGUAAGCUUUUCAAGA